AUGCUGCAAUUUGGAAUAAAUUGCAAUUCAUACAACAAGUGGAAGAAUGAGAAGUGUAGACUAGAGACUAACCUGAAGGAGAAGUCGGAGGAUGAACAGAAGAUGCCAGACGAGGAACGGAAGGUGUCGGAGCCUCACAAAGAAGCUUCAGCAGAAGACAAAGAACUUCAGAUGAUACCGGUCUACUUCAGACGAAGUUCUAAUGAGGAAGAUGGCGGCGGCGUGAACGGAGAAGAAGAUGACGACGCCGUGAAUGGAGAAGAACAUGGAGGCGCUCGUUCGUUCCUUCCUUGA